AUGGAAACCAAAUCAGAAAACCACAGCAGAGAUUACGAAAUCAAACAAAAUUUCAUUCUAGGCGUUUGCACGAUCGUCUAUGCAUUUGUGACUGUAUUGAUAAACUCCAUAGCCGCCUAUUAUUUGCUUGUAUUUAAAAAAGUGUCAUUCAGCAGAAAGAAGUAUAAUGAUUUACUAAUGGGCCUUCAGGCACUCAUGGGAAUUCUUUUGGCGCUUACCGGGUACACUUGGACAGCGGUUGCUUAUCUGACAGGUGAAUGGCCUGCGGGGAAAGUCGGUUGUUCAGUGAGCACGUUAUGUUUGCUGUUCUUCGGGACAAUGACAGUUAUGAUAACAUUGGUUAUGUCUGCGGAAAGAUUUAUCGCCAUGUGUUUUCCUUUCUACUACGAGCAACUCAUAGAAUUUCGCAAAAUUGUAUCAGCAACUGUGUACAUCUUCCUACACGCAGGCGCACUAGCGAGUCUCCCUGUUAUAUUAAAAACAGUCGAACUCACAAAGCAACCAGUACCCAUUUGUUUGUACUCGCUUUAUUCACAAAGUUUACGAGAAGAAGUCGUAGUACAUGCGUUUGUCUGCAAUUUUUCACUCUGUAUUCUUCUGAUGCUCAUCAUGAACCUGUCAGUGUUGAGAGCUUUGAAGAAAAUGGACCGGUCAGUUGGAGUGGAGAUCAGGGCUCAGUUUGGCGCAGAGAAGGAAUCCAUCAUCCUGUCCAAUCUGACAGGUCUCAUGGCUCUUUUUUAUUCUCUCUGUUGGCUGCCCAUUGUGAUUCGAGUGGUGCUCAUUUAUCAUGUAAAUUGGCGCAGCACGUAUUUUGAUCUAUUGGCGUUUGCGUUGUCCACAAUUGACCCGUUUGUGCAUCCAGUCACGUGUAUACUGGUGAGCCAGCGAUACCGAGCAGGUUACAAGGCUGCUUUGAAACAUAUCAUUUCCAUAUUAGGAAGUCGGACAAAGAACCGAAACGGCGAGUCGAAAGUGCAGGAAUUUCCUGUUCCCUGA